GGCUGUUGCCAUUGGUUAAUUCUGACACGUCGGAUCGGAUCCCUGCCACCGAUUGGCCAGUCAACUGCUCGGGCGCGAUUUUGCAACGCGGGACGAGGUUCCUGUGGGCGCUCACAGGUCAGUGCGGGCGACCUGCUGCGACAAGGAGGAAACUUAUCAUCAUCAUCUUCAUAUCGAACUGUACCUCUCGCGGAUACUUUUGUACAAUAACAAUCCGAGCCUUUUUGGAAAUGAAGGUCGUAUUCACUCCUGACUGAAAAGGGGAUCUUUUUAUGACUUCUACUCUUUUUUUAAAAUCAUCAAUCAGAUUGAAUUCUUACAGUUUUUGGCGGAAUUUUUUAACAUUCAUAAGAUGGCCGACAAGAAGCAGCCGAACGUUAUUUUCUGCAACGAUUCACCCAAAAGAGUUUUGGUGUCCGUUAUUAAGACCACGCCGAUCAAGCCCAGGAAGGCGGAGGCCCUGACGCCGACGAGUCCCGGCUUCAGCGACUUCAUGGUGUACCCGUGGAAAUGGGGGGAGAACGCCCACAAUGUGACUCUGAGCCCGGGAUCAUUGAGCGGGGCUUCGUCACCGACCGGCACCCAGACGGCCCAGGAGGCGGACACGGAGCCUACGGCCGAGCAGAUCAGGGAUGGCAUCCGCAGAGGACGUCCUCGGGCUGACACGGUCCGAGAGCUCAUAAACGAGGGAGAGACCUCGUCCAGCCGAAUUCGCUGCAACAUCUGCAACCGAGUGUUUCCCAGAGAGAAGUCGCUUCAGGCUCACAAGAGGACACACACAGGAGAGAGGCCCUACCUGUGUGACUACCCCAAUUGUGGGAAGGCGUUUGUCCAGAGUGGUCAGCUGAAGACGCACCAGCGGCUGCACACUGGGGAGAAGCCCUUUGUCUGCUCAGAGAAAGGAUGUGGCAAUCGGUUCACCCACGCCAACCGCCACUGUCCCAAGCACCCGUUCUCCCGCCUGAAGAGAGAGGAACCGAAGGAGGGCCAGGGGACGGCUCAGUCCGUGGAUAACAAGGCCGUGGCCGAGUGGCUGGCAAAGUACUGGCAGACCCGUGAGCAGCGUGCACCCACCACCACCACCACCACCAUCCCCCCCAAGGUGAAGGCCCGGUCAGAGGACCAGGAGCAGCAGGAUCCCAUGGAGUUCCUCCAGUCCGACGAGGAGGAGGAGGACAAGGAGAAGGCCGACGAGGAGAAGGGCGGCCACGGAGGAGCCGCCAAGCGCCGCCUCCAGGAGCAACGGGAGCGUCUCCACGGUGCUCUGGCACUCAUCGAGCUGGCAAACAACCUGUCUCCCUGAGCAGCCUCCCUCUCGUGUCCAUGCCCAACCUCGCCUUCCUGCAGUGUGUGUGCUGUGGCUAGAAAGUGUUCAUCGACGCAGAUCCAUGACUAGUUUAGUUUUCUACCAUCGAGUUGUGAAACCGGACUUUUGAGAGCACGCUGAAUUGGCCUGAGAUCAGUGUUCUGCACGACGUCAGUUUCCCCCGCCCCCACAGCACCAGGAAGGCACAAGCUAAAGCACCUUAUUCAGCUUCCAUUUUAUCCUUUUGUUAGGCUGCUAUAAUUGUAGAUUUGACUAUAUGAAGAAUGUCUUUUUAUUCGAAUGUCUUCUAAAGGCAAAGAAAAGCGUACCGAUUAUGUGUUUGCACUUUGAUGGGUAACAGAUUUUUGUAGAGUGUAUUGAGAGUGUACGACUGACGUGUAUAUGGAUUAAGCUCUGAUGGGGAGGGUGCUACAGGGUGCGGUCAAACAUAGGAAAUGUUUAAAGUGGCAUUCCAACUGUCCGGAUGGCCUCUCAUGCUCCAGGGUUUCACCUCCAGCGGCAUAACGCACAAUUUCACUGCCACGACCACGACGGGCGGUGGCGGACGAAGUGGACUGAGAGGAACUUUAAGCCGAGGCGGAUUGAAAGGAGACGAGAGCUCGAUUGUUGCGGCGUGUGUGACUUUGUGCUUCUGGGUUGUUGUUGUUUUUUUUAAUGUGUGAAUGAGAGGUGAUCAUUGCAAGCCUAAUCCAGAGGGCCUGUGAAGCAGAAGCUCCCUGAGACGAUCCCAAGCUUCACCACUUGAAUCAUGAUAUUCCCAUAAUGGCAUCUGUAUGACGGAGCCAGUGGCGCAGAGGGAAAGUUCACCUCCAGGCAGCUGUAAUCUCUUACAGAUUUCGGUCAGUAAUUGAGCGGUUUUCCAUCUAUGUACCAAAAUUGUUGGUAAAAACGCGCAGAAUAAGUUGCUUUCGACAAGAUGGGACAGUUUAAAACGGGAUGACGUUAACCACCUUUUAUAUUAAAAGAUGUGAGACCAGCACAUCACCACUUUGGUGUGUGUGUGUGUGGAGCCUCCAUGACAUCUGGUUUUAAAACCUUAAAUUAUAUUCAACUUAUUUUAUUUCUUUAUUCCUAACAUUUUUGUUGGUCUUUUGCUCGUUUUGGCGAACAUUAAGAACAAAGACUUAAGUUAUGAAACCAUUGAAAAUUUGAAAGUAAAUCAUGUACAUUUAAACAAGCCGUUUAUUUAGCACUUACACCCUCAGAUCCUGGAUUAAGCUUGCAAUGCACUAAAAGAUAAAUUGGUUGUAUUGUUGUUUUUUUGUAGCGCAGGGUGAUAUACUUUUCUUUGUACUUUUUUUCUUUUUUUAAGCAACACUACAUCUUUCAACACUGUAUGAAGCCUCUCAUAACUGCCCUUUCACUCUGGCUCUUUGACAAUUGACUUGUGGAUUUACGGUGAAACUGGAAGGCUAGUGAAAUGUGGAUAAUCAAAACGCCAAAUGAUUUAUUUUUUUGACCCAAUUAUAGUAUAUUUUCGAGCAUUUUUUUUAACCCAUAGUUUUUGUGGUUUGAGAAGAUUAUGGCAUUUAAUAUAUAUAUAUAUAAAUAAACAUUAUGUUAGAAUAUCGAGUGUGCACAAUUUACGGGAAAGCUGAAGUUCGAUUUUAGUUUUCAGUUUUCCCCUCCGCUAACAUCCCC